AUGGAUAUUGAUCUGCCCAUUGAAAACAACAUAACGAAUAAUGACAUCAAUUAUAACAGAACAAAUGAAGAAUAUACGAAUACCGACGGUAGCACUUUAAGUGGUAGCAAUUUGAGACGAUCACAAGUAAGGAGUGUCAAUAAUACAGAAAAUCUAAAUAAUCAUACACUCACUAAUUCAGAUAUAUUAACAAACCAUCCUGACACAUUUAAUGUUGUUAAUCUCGAUUUAAUGCAAGUAGAUGAUGAUUUGGACAUCAAUAAACAAACUAAUGAGAACUCACAAUAUAAGAGAUUAUCGGACCUUAACAAUAAGAUGAUAGAUGAACUAUUAAGAACAUCAUCAUAUGUAAAUUUUUCGGGAAUUACUUUAUCACCAGAGUCCUCAAAGGACUUAUAUAAUUUUAAAAACAGUUUAGAGAAAAAAGUUUCAGAAUAUAUAAGAAUAAUAGAACAUAGAAGAGAACAAGUUAGCCAGGAAUUAAGGAAAGAUAACCAACGAAUCAGACAAUCAAAUUCACAGAGUAAUUCUGAAAUAGCAUCUUACAUCAAUAAAUUAGAGAGGAUAAAAUUGAGAGCAGCGGAAACAGAAACAGUCGAACUACAAAGAGUUAGGACAAAUUUUAUACAGUUGAUCGAACUAUUUAAACUUAAAUUUGAAACUUACAUAACGAACCUACAAGAAGGAAAUAAUGCACAGAAUCCAACCAAAAGUUUUAUUGAAUGGUUAGACUCACUAAAUCCAUAUGUAAGCUCACAAUUUUUACAACAAACUCAACUCCAGAAUUCAUUGCCAAAGGGAAAUAACAUAGAAAAUGAUGUGAACACAAAUCUGAAAUUAUACAGCUCCCCCAAUUCAUUUUCCAACAUUGCAUUUAGUAAACUAAAAAACCCAAUACGUAUGGUCAAUUCUAAUAUUUUCCCAUUAAACUCAUUACCACCAGAGAUUUUAGGCUUGGUUUUAGAAAAAGUUAAUAGCACUUACAAUAUAGUAAAACUAUUUUCUGUAUGCAAAUUAUGGGCAGAACUCAUAGUUAAAAUAAUAUACUAUAGACCGCACAUCAACAAAAAAUAUCAAUUGGAUAUUUUCAUGAGAACUAUGCUUUUGCCAAAAUCUAGAACAGUAUUUGAUUAUAGAGCUAUGAUAAAGAGAUUAAAUUUUUCUUUUGUGGGUGAUUAUUUGCAUGAUGAAGAACUUUAUCAUUUUGUUGGGUGUAAAAAUUUAGAAAGGUUGACACUUGUAUUCUGUAAAAAUAUCACUAGUAAUUCAAUUUCUGCUGUAUUAGAAGGAUGCCGAUACUUACAAAGUAUUGAUAUAACUGGUAUAAAGGAAAUAUCUGAUAAUAUAUUUGGUACUUUAGCUAAUAACUGUCCUAGAUUACAAGGUUUCUAUGUACCACAAGCCAGAAAUAUUAGCUUCAAUUCUCUUCAUAACUUCAUUUCACGUGUUUCUAUUCUAAAAAGGGUAAAAAUUACUGCAAAUAAUGAGAUAAAUGAUGAACUGGUUGAAUUACUAGCUAAUAAAUGCCCAUUAUUGGUCGAAGUGGAUAUAACUCAGUGUCCUAACGUACAUGACUCAAGUUUGUUAACAUUAUUCACAAAAUUGACUCAGUUAAGAGAAUUUAGAAAUACACAUAACACCAACAUAACAGACAAAGCAUUCCUUGAAAUAACCAAAAAAAUUCAAAAUUUGCCAUCAUUGAGAUUAUUAGAUUUAUCAGGAUGCGAAAAUAUAACAGAUAAAACCAUUGAACGUGUUGUUUCUCUUGCACCUAAAUUAAGAAAUGUAUUUUUAGGAAAAUGUAGUAGGAUUACUGAUAUUUCAUUAUUCCAGUUAGCAAAAUUAGGAAAAAAUUUGCAAACUAUUCAUUUUGGUCAUUGUUUUAAUAUUACCGACCAAGGUGUAAGAGUAUUAGUGCAAACCUGUCCAAGGAUUCAAUAUGUUGAUUUUGCCUGCUGCACAAAUCUUACAAAUCGUACACUUUAUGAAUUAGCAGAUUUAUCUAAGCUAAAAAGAAUUGGCUUGGUUAAAUGUACUCAGAUAACCGAUGAAGGUUUAUUGAAUAUGAUAUCAUUAAGAGGAAGGAAUGAUACUCUAGAGAGAGUUCAUCUAUCAUACUGUUCUAAUUUAACAAUUUAUCCUAUAUAUGAACUAUUGAUGGCUUGUCCAAGACUUUCACAUUUGUCUCUAACUGCAGUUCCUUCAUUUUUAAGACCUGAUAUAACUACAUUCUGCAGAGCAGUUCCAACAGAUUUCAGUGAAAAUCAAAGAAUUAUAUUUUGUGUAUUUUCAGGAAAAGGUGUUCACAAAUUACGUCAUUAUCUUAUGGGAUUGACCACACCAACUGAUGGCCCAGAGACAGAUAUCAACGAAGUAUUAACACAAUAUAUUACCGCUAAAAAUUUAUUAAGACCCGAUGAAGCUAUGGAAGAAGGUAUACGCCGUAUUACCUUGGAUGUUAAUGCAGAUUCUGCUGCAAUAUUAGCAGCAACUGGUAUCAGCCAAAUGAAUGGUAUUAAUAAUGAUUUAUUAUUUCAGGGAAUUGAUUUUGAUAGAUUAGACGAUAUAUUUAAUUGGUAUAAUGUUUCUUACGGAAAUGUAACUUUGGAUAGCAGCGAAAUUAACGAAUUAUUAACGGCUGUAGAUAGAAAAUUUUGCGGAGAUCCAUUUGAUGAGGAAUAUGAUGAAAGAGAUGGUAUUGUGGCACCAGGAGCAUCUAAUAAUGUGAAUUCUGAACUAGCACACGUUAUUAGAAGAUACAAUGAGAUGGAUGAUAGGAUUGAUGAUUUUGAGGUAAACGUAGCCAGCCUAGCAAGGGUACAAUUCCAAUUUACUGGAUUUCUAGUACAUGAAAUGCUUCAAAUUUAUACACAAAUGAUUGAAUUAAAUAGACAACUAGUUGACACUCAGAGAAUUAUUUUAGAAUCAAACAUUACUGCAGAUAUUAAGGGUUUAUCCAUAUUUAAACUUAUAUUCACUGAAAGGUUUAGGAAUAUAUUGAAAAAAUUUGAGUUAUCAUCUGUAGUAUUGAGAUUAUAUUUGAGAGAUAGUAUUUCUGUUCUUACAAGACAAAGAGAGAUAGUGCUGGCACAUUUAACUAACGACGGUGAAAUGAAUGAAGAUGGUAUGAUAAGAGGACCAGAUGAUGAAAAUGCUUUACCUAUACCUAACACGAAUUUAGGGAUGUUACAGUUUAAUAAUUUAAGAGCUCAAGUUCAAAAUGAGAAUGGCUUAGGAGGUCCCAUGAAUAUUUUGAACCAGAACAGAACCGAAGAUAUAUCCGAUACUCCAGAAGCAGAUACUGCAUUAGAAGAAGCAUGA